AUGUCCUCAAAAGAAUUGCCGCCCUCCACCACGCCAUUUUUCCCAAAUCAAUUCAUCACAAACCAAUUCUAUUCCAAAGCUGAAUACGUUUCGAAGGACACUGAUCUCUCCGGGAAAGUUGCGAUCGUAACAGGAGCCAACACCGGUCUUGGGCUGGAAUGUGCAAAUCAACUUCUUUCCUAUAAGCUAUCGCAGCUCAUUAUCGCGGUUCGCUCGCUGAGAAAAGGCGAAGAUGCAGCCGUAGACCUGAGAAAACAAUACCCCAAUGCGAAUAUUGAGGUCUGGCUACUGGAUAUGUCUUCCUACGACUCAAUCCAAGCAUUCGCAUCGCAGAUCGAAGGAAAACUGCCUCGACUUGAUAUCGCCAUUUUGAAUGCCGGGCUAUCCAACUCAACGUUCAGGCUCGCAAGCACCGGCCAUGAGGAGACCAUGCAAGUAAAUUUCCUCUCCACGAUGUUGUUGUCGAUUCUUCUCCUCCCUCUUCUGAAGAGCAAGUCUCCCGCAGGCUCACCGGGUCGGUUGACCAUUGUGACGAGUAUGUUGUCAUUGACCGCAAAAUUUGCGCAAAAAGACAAGAUACCGCUACUGAAAGCAUUUGAUGAUGAGAAGACCUUUGAUGGCGUCGACAUCUACCCUACAUCUAAAUACCUGGGUCUAAUAUUCCUCUGGAAGCUUACGGACUCGGUAUCUGCCGACGACGUGGUGGUUAACUUUGUGGAACCGGGAUUUGUUAAAGGCACAUCUCUGCAACGCGAAGCACCUGCAGCUAUUAAAUUCGCACUUUAUUUGCUGAAGGUUGCAACCGGACGAAGCAUGAAGCUUGGAGCUUCUACAUAUCUCGAUGCGGCUAUCACCAAGGGAAAGGAAUAUCCUCCUUUGCUUUACACCGUGGAGGGGGAGAAUAUCAAGGAAAGACUCUGGCAGGAAACCCUGGAAGAGCUCAAUUUUGUGAAUGUCAAUGGAAUUCUAGAGUCUUUGGCAAAGUAA